GGAUGGACUAUAUAUAUUGAAUACGGUCUGUCGAGCACCCUCACCGCGUUUCUGCUUAUCGCUACGCUGUGUGAGGUCUACAUUAUAGCUAACAGCAUACUCUAUUAGGUGCUACAAACGCGCGUCACUUUCUUAGAACAUAUGUCCGUGACUCGACGUUUCACAAUCGUCUUAUGUAUGUCUUUCUCGGGGCCCAUUCGAAGUCUACGAGCUGAAAUGCUAUAUGCAGGACGUUUUCGUGAAUUACCGGCUCGGUAUGCGAUUGAGGACUGGAUAGCUAACGAUGAUAUAAAGGGAAGAGCAGCGCUGGAGAUCAAGGGCUCCUUGCUGUUCACGUUCAGGACAUCAGGUGGUGCCACGAGACGGGCAGCAACAACGAAGAGAGCGGCUUACCAAGAAAUAGUACGUGUGUCUUCAUUCAGAAGCCUAUCUGAAUUCACUUAAUGAAGCGCAUAUAUUCAGGUUUUACCGACGUUUAUCUCAGGAGAUUGCCGAGUUUCCUUGAUCAGGGUGUC